GGUCCCAGAGGCAGCGGGUUGUGGUUCCGGUUCCGCCGCGGAGACACGUGAAGGUCGGUGAGUUGGUGUGGAGUUCGUCUCCGCACGCGUGACCGCGCUGGGAUGGAUUCCUCUUCGUCUUCCUCCGCGGCCGGUUUGGGCUCGGUAGACCCGCAGCUGCAGCAUUUCAUUGAGGUGGAGACUCAGAAGCAGCGCUUCCAGCAGCUGGUGCACCAGAUGACGGAACUUUGUUGGGAAAAGUGCAUGGAUAAGCCUGGGCCAAAGUUGGACAGUCGGGCUGAGGCCUGUUUUGUGAACUGCGUUGAGCGCUUCAUUGACACAAGCCAAUUCAUCUUGAAUCGACUGGAACAGACGCAGAAAUCCAAGCCAGUCUUCUCAGAAAGCCUUUCUGAUUGACCUCAGCAUUACCUCUUUGGAAAAGGAAGGUAGUUCAAGAGAUGAAGAGCAGUUGAUGGGAUAGUUGAAGAAAAGGCUAUGGGGGAAUUGGCCCCCACCUUUGUCACUCUUGGGACAUCCUGUCAUCUGAGAAUGAACAAAGACCAAUUUUUGAUGUGGGGGAUUUGAGGGUCAGAUGUAUUUGGGGUUGUGUUUUUUUAAUGCUAAUCUUGUGAAACAGUUGACAGAUGAAUGAAAAACUACUAGAUGCAUAUUACUGUUUGUGGGAUGAUGCUUUUCUUGUAGUCCCAUUAACUGCUUCCUAUAAUUUUAAUAGUGGAAUUGCUCUAUAAUUUGAUACUGGGACCAGAUAGGUAAUAAUCUGUUCUUGGUGUGGAUUCAUUUCAGAUUUUGGGGGAGUUCAGUAUACAUCUUUGUGUCUUUCAGAAAUGGCAGCAGUAGGGGAAGAGUAAUUUGGUACUCAACUGUAGGCCUCCUUAUCUAGUGUUUAAUUAUCAGUGCUGGAAAAAAUAUAUUUCAACUUUCUAGAUUCUCUGCCUCCCUUAUACCAUGAUUCACUGAAAUAUCUAUAUGACAUAUGAUCUCGAGCUAGUACAGGUUGCCUGAGAGUCUAGAGGCCUUUAGUUAAAGGAAUCUAGCCAGUGAACGUAAUUUUCAUACUAAACUGCCACAAGGAAGAAGUUAACUUACCCUGUGUAUCAGGGUUCAAAAAGAUUUAACGAUGUGCCUCAAUGAAAAAAAUUAAGAUUUGGGCCAGUCAGAAACUAACAGCAGAAUCAGGUUGAGGUGCAUGCCUAAUGUAAAUCAGUGUAGUUUCCAUUUACUGCGUCUUUUAAUGACUGAAAUAAAAGCUACAAGAUUCAAGUCUGUGACUGAGAA